CUAAGAUCUGAAAUUCGUCGCAAGUGAAGAAGAGUAAACCAUUUCUGUAAGAAGUAGGAAACAUGGCUUCCCCUGCGGGUUGUCGGCAUUAUGUCCGCAGCUGCCUGUUGAAAGCACCUUGUUGUGGUAAACUAUACGUGUGUCGGCUGUGCCAUGAUGCGGAGGAGAAUCACCAGAUGGAUCGAUUCAAAGUCAGAGAGGUGCAGUGCUCCGAGUGUCAAACAGUGCAGCAGGCGCAGCAGACUUGUGAGCAGUGUAACGCUCAGUUUGGGGAGUAUUACUGUGGCAUUUGCCACUUGUUCGACAAGGAUAAGAAGCAGUACCACUGUCAGCCCUGUGGAAUAUGCAGUUUUCAAAUGUUUUGAUCUUGCCAGAAUUGGGCCCAGGGAGAACUACUUUCAUUGUGAAAAGUGCAAUUUGUGUUUAGCCCGGGAUCUGCGAGGAAACCAUAAGUGUGUGGAAAAUGUUUCAAGGCAGAAUUGCCCAGUGUGUAUGGAGGAUAUUCACACGUCCAGGAUCGGAGCUCAUGUUCUUCCGUGUGGCCAUCUUUUACACAAGACCUGCUUUGGUGACAUGGUCAGAACAGGAGCAUAUCGCUGCCCUCUGUGUAUGCACUCUGCUUGGGACAUGAAGGACCACUGGGAACAGAUGGACGAAGAGAUAGUUCUGUCACCAAUGCCCGCUGAAUACCAAGGUGCCACUGUCAAAGUUAUAUGCAACGACUGCCAAGCCCACUGCACAGUGCCUUUUCAUGUUUUGGGGAUGAAGUGCAACGGCUGUGGCUCCUACAAUACAGCACAGGACGGAGGACUCAUCCAGCAGCCUCAGCAGGAGCAGCAGCCAGAGCAGGACACUGACAACGAGGCAGAAACCGACAGAGAGCCAGAGCAACAAGAUCCACAUGAGUCACCUACAUCACAUUAACACUAUGAGCCAAACUCAAGUGGACGACAUCUAUACUUCUGACAUUUGCCUGAUACACUCAGCUGUAGUAACUUAGUGUUGAGUGUAACACUGUUAUUAGGUUGUACAUAUACAUAUUAUCUAUUUUCUGUACCUGAGUAAGCGCUUCUCCCAGAAUACAGUAGGUGAAAUGAUGAGGACACCCUGGACAGUUCAGCAGUCUAUCACAGGACCACUUCUUCAUCAUCCACUGAAAAUGUAGAACCAUCUGACAUUUGACCAGCAUGUUUUUAGAGUUUUACACAGCUGAGUUAUAUCCCUAUGAAUGUGUUGCAUUUGGGGACUGUGCCAUACAACCUACUUAAAUUCGUUCUAUAAAAUGGUGUGAACAAAUGUUUCUGUUUGUUUUACACAACGCCUGUGGAACUUUGCAGUAAUAAUAAUAACAACGUAAAAUAAUAAUAAUACUACUGAAACUAAUAAAAGUAGCAUAAAUUUAACAGGAUUUACAAUAUAGUAAGUUGGCAAAUUAUUUAAAUUAAAGAUUAAGCAAAAAAAGCAAUAUUCACAGGGCAUCAUGAGGUGGACUUGAAGCAUUUAAAUUAAUGUUAAUUUCCAUACUUGUCUUCAGAUUGUAACUUUGAGUUAUGGUUAGCUUAAAAAUAAUCUUGAAUAAUAUUUAUUUACGUCUUCAGAAGUCCAGUAUGUAAAUAAAUGUAAUUGAAAUUUCAAUUAUUUAUGAAUGAACCUCUAACCAGGUUUUUCAUUUAAGCAAGACAAGCAGAUUACAGUAUUGCUUUGGAAUUAUGUUCUUACACCAUCUUGUUUGUUGCGUUUAACUAAUGUGACAUCUACAUCACACACGGCUUCUUACUGAUCAUAAACAAACAGGUAUCAUCAUCAAUUUCCUGUACGACUGCUGAGACCAAUUAAUGUAUCUUUACCAUGACUAAUACAUGCUCCCAUUAAACAAAAACAUUUUAUGAAA